UCUUCCGGGCUCCUCCUCACCCCACCGGCACUCCUUCCCCAGCGGGCGUCCGGCUCCGUUCAUGCACUGAUCGAUCGGCCGGCCGAUUGCACCCGCGCGCGCGCGAGAGCCAACCAACCAAGAGCCUAGCUCGCCGGCCAUCGGCAGCUAGCUAGUCCGGCCACGAUGCACUCCCAGAACCACUGGGGCGGGUCGUUCGAGAUCGCCGACGGGGCGGAGGACGAUCACAGCCGCAACAUGGACAUCGACCGCGGCGCGCUGCAGCACCAGCAGCACCACCAGCUGGACGAGACGCAGCAGAGCUGGCUGCUCGGCCCGCCGGAGGCCAAGAAGAAGGACAAGUACCUCGACCUCGGCUGCGUCGUCGUCAAGCGAAAGCUGCUCUGGUGGAUGCUCUGGGCCGUCCUCGGCGCAUUCGUCCUCAUCGGCGUACCCAUCAUCAUCGCCAAGUCCAUACCCAAGAAGAAGCCGCACGCGCCGCCGCCCGACAAGUACACCGAGGCGGUCCACAAGGCGCUCCUCUUCUUCAACGCCCAGAAAUCCGGCAAGCUCCCGAAGAACAACGGCAUCCCGUGGCGCGGGAACUCCGGCAUGAACGACGGCUCCACCCUGGCGGACGUGAAGGGCGGGCUGGUCGGCGGCUACUACGACGCCGGCGACAACAUCAAGUUCCACUUCCCGCUGGCCUUCUCCAUGACCAUGCUGAGCUGGUCGGUGGUGGAGUACAGCGAGAGGUACAAGGCCAUGGGGGAGUAUGACCACGUGAGGGAGCUCAUCAAGUGGGGAACCGACUAUCUGCUCCUCACCUUCAACUCCUCCAGCAACACCAUCAACCACGUCUACAGUCAGGUUGGUACGGCGAAGAUCAACGGCAGCACGCCGGACGACCACUACUGCUGGAACCGACCGGAGGACAUGUCGUACCCUCGCCCCGUCCAAUCCGCCAGCUCGGCCCCCGACCUGGGCGGCGAGAUCGCCGCCGCACUCGCCUCCGCCUCCAUCGUGUUCCGCGACAACGCGGCCUACUCCAAGAAGCUCGUCCACGGCGCCGCCACCAUCUACAAGUUCGCGCGCGACUCCGGCAAGCGCACCCCGUACUCCCGGGGCAACGACAACAUCCAGUACUACUACAACUCUACGAGCUACUGGGACGAGUACCUGUGGAGCGCGUCCUGGAUGUACUACGCCACGGGGAACACCAGCUACAUCAGCUUCGCCACCGACCCUCGCCUCCCCAAGAACGCCAAGGCCUACAUGGGCAUCCUCGACUUCUCCGUCUUCAGCUGGGACAACAAGCUCCCCGGCGCAACGCUUCUGCUCUCCAGGCUGCGCAUGUUCCUCAACCCUGGAUACCCCUACGAGGAGUCGCUCAUGGGGUACCACAACGUCACCAGCAUGAACAUGUGCAUGUACUUCCCCAAGUUCGCCGCCUUCAACUUCACCAAGGGCGGCCUCGCGCAGUUCAACCACGGCCAGGGGCAGGCGCUGCAGUACGCCGCCGCCAACUCCUUCCUCGCCGCGCUCUACGCCGACUACAUGGAGGCUGUCAACGUCCCCGGAUGGUACUGCGGCCCCAACUUCAUGACCGUCGACGACCUCCGCUCCUUUGCAAAAUCUCAGCUCAACUACAUUCUUGGGGAUAAUCCGAUGAAGAUGAGCUACGUGGUCGGGUACGGCAAGAAGUACCCGAAGAGGCUGCACCACCGCGGGGCGUCGACGCCCAAGAACGGCAUCAAGUACUCCUGCACCGGCGGGAACAAGUGGCGCGACGCCAAGGGCAGCGACCCGCACGUGCUCACGGGCGCCAUGGUCGGCGGGCCGGACAAGAACGACAAGUUCAAGGACGCCAGGAUCAGCUACGCGCAGAACGAGCCCACGCUCGUGGGCAACGCCGGCCUCGUGGCCGCGCUGGUGGCAAUCACGCAGAGCGGCCGGGGCACGGGCGUCGGCGCCGUCGACAAGAACACCAUGUUCUCCGCCGUGCCGCCCAUGUUCCCAACUGCCCCGCCGCCGCCGGCCUCGUGGAAGCCGUGAGAGAGAUCUGGAUCUGGUUCACCGAGUUUUACGCCGAGGUUGAGCAGAGAUCGAUCCAUGGGGGUUUCUCCUAUCGGGCUCGGUUGGUGGUAGUGCAAUUUUCUGGUGAUCAUGUAAAAUUCUUUUGUAUUAUACACACGUUAACCGUGGCGCGCGAUACGACGGUGGCAUGCCUCACACGCAUGGCCUGUACUACUGUAGAUGUUUCUUGUGCACAACUGGGUAUGGACAAUUAAUGGUUACGUGUUUAUUCCCAAGAAA